CUGACAGAAAUUUCUAUUAAUUUACUGCCAGAGAGAGAGAGAGAGAAUAAGGUGCGGGAUCUCCAUCUCCUCCGAUCAUCUCUGAAUUCAAUUCCCCAUUCUCCUCCCACCGCCGCCCGCCGGCACCCUCCCCACCUGCUCCGAGAUCCAUUCCCAUAUAAACCAUGUCCCUCAACAUGAAAACCUUGUCACAGGCCUUCGCCAAGGCAUCGGCCGUCAUCGAGAAGACCGUCCAGACUACCGUCCAAGAAGUCACCGGCCUUCCUCGCCACAUGCAAGACUAUGACCUCAUCGAUCAGAUCGGCUCCGCCGGCCCCGGUCUCGCCUGGAAAUUGUACUCUGCCAAGUCCCGCGAUGCCCAUGUCUACCCCACCGUCUGCGUUUGGGUCUUGGAUAAGAAAGCAUUGUCCGAGGUAAGGCAGCGCGCCGGCCUCUCCAAGGCAGCCGAAGAUGCUUUCUUGGAUGUGAUUCGAGCUGACGCCUCCCGACUUGUCAGGCUGAGGCACCCCGGCGUGGUCCACGUGGUCCAAGCGCUAGACGAGAGUAAGAACGCCAUGGCAAUGGUCACCGAGCCACUCUUUGCCUCGGUGGCAAAUGCGCUGGGUAACGUAGAGAACAUUCCGAGGGUGCCUAAGGAGCUCAAGGGAAUGGAAAUGGGGUUGUUGGAGGUGAAGCAUGGUCUGCUUCAGAUUGCAGAGACAUUGGACUUUAUUCAUAAUAAUGCCCGCCUUAUUCAUAGGGCUAUAUCGCCAGAGACUGUUCUAAUUACAUCUAAUGGAGCUUGGAAGCUUGGUGGUUUUGGUUUUGCUACAUCAACGGAUCAGUCCUCAGAUGGUUCUGCCAGCAUGCAGGCCUUCCAUUAUGCCGAUUAUGAUGUAGAAGAUUCAAUCAUGCCUUUGCAACCAUCAAUAAACUACACUGCUCCUGAAUUGGUUCGGAGUAAAACAUCCUCGGUUGGGUCUGCUGCUGAUGUUUUCAGUAUGGGAUGCCUUGCGUAUCACUUGGUAGCACGUAAACCUUUGUUUGAUUGCCACAACAAUGCAAAGAUGUAUAUGAAUAGUCUGACUUACCUUACAAGUGGGGCAUUUUCCACCAUUCCAAGUGAACUAGUUCCAGAUUUGCAAAGGAUGAUCUCUGCUAAUGAGGGUUUGAGGCCAACAGCAAUAGAGUUCACAGGGUCAUCAUUUUUCCGGGCUGACACUAGGUUGCGUGCUCUUCGCUUCUUGGAUCAUAUGCUUGAGAGAGAUAACAUGCAAAAAUCUGAAUUUCUGAAAGCAUUGUCAGACAUGUGGAAAGAUUUUGACUCUCGCGUUUUGCGGUAUAAGGUUCUCCCCCCACUUUGUGCUGAGCUCAGGAAUUUGGUGAUGCAACCUUUAAUAUUACCUAUGGUUCUGACAAUAGCAGAAUCCCAGUUUUAUGGUCUUCAGGACAAAAAUGAUUUUGAACUGUCAACACUACCAGCUCUAGUUCCUGUCUUCAAUUCAGCUGCUGGAGAGACAUUAUUACUACUAUUGAAACAUGCUGAACUUAUUAUCAGCAAGGCUAGUCAGGAUCACCUUAUUUUGCAUGUUCUUCCCAUGAUUGUUCGCGCUUAUGAUGAUACUGAUGCUCGCUUACAAGAGGAAGUUCUCAAAAAGACCAUUAUUCUUGCAAAGCAGUUGGAUGUUCAGUUAGUCAAGCAGACUGUUUUGCCUCGUGUUCAUGGAUUGGCCCUUAAAACAACUGUUGCUGCGGUCAGAGUGAAUGCUCUCUUAUGCUUGGGAGACUUGGUUCACAUAUUGGAUAAGACUGCUGUUUUAGAUAUAUUGAAAACUAUCCAACGAUGUACUGCUGUAGAUCAUUCUGCCCCAACUCUCAUGUGUACCCUUGGGGUUGCGACCUCAAUUUUGAAGCAGUAUGGCAUUGAAUUUGUGGCAGAGCAUGUUCUUCCGCUACUCAUACCACUUCUCAUCACCCAACAAUUAAAUGUUCAGCAGUUCGCAAAGUAUAUGCUAUUUGUCAAGGAUGUUUUAAGGAAAAUUGAAGAAAAGAGGGGGGUAACUUUGUCAGAUUCCGGGUUUUCUGAGAUGAAAUCACCUCCCCUUGAGGGCGACAUGUCAGGACAGGCAAAUAAGGCUGUGUCAGCUGUUCCAUCCGUUCCCAAACGAAGCUCGUCAUGGGAUGAUGAUUGGGUACCUUCAAGGAUUGCACCGACAAAACUCCAGUCUUCAACUGCAGCAUCGACCUCUCAGCCUGCAGUACCAAGUCAGGCUAGUCAAGGCGGCACCCCUGUAUUCUCCAUGUCAGUAACAUCAUCUGCGUCGUCUUCUCAACAGAUGCCUUCCUCAUGUCCUCCAGUUGACAUUGAGUGGCCUCCCCGAUCUGUAUCUGGUGGUGCGGCAACUCAAUUUGAUGACUUGAAAACCCUAAAUGGAAACAAGGGGACAUUAGAUUUGGGGUUGAAUGAUAUCGAUCCUUUUGCUAACUGGCCACCACGGCCUAGUGUUUCCAGCUCCUCUGCCAACAAUGGCACUGGAGUUGUUCCAUCAGUUAACAAAUUCGGCCCCAGUAGCGCUGCAACUGCCUCCAAUGGAUCAACCUUUCAAUCCACAUCAUGGCCCAUGAGCAUGCAAACUUCCAGCGAAUCCAAGAGCCAGGGGUCAUCCUUAAAUGCUGGUGGCAUCGGUUCACAGAAUGCUCUUGGUUAUUUGAAGCAGCAGCAGCAGCAGCCUUACUCAGGCAUUUCAUCAACUCUCGGCUAUUCCUCCCAGAAGGCAGCGGCAGCGGCAGCGGCAGCACCAUCAAAUUUAGGAUCAAUCUUUGCCCCUGGUCCCAACAAGAGCGAGCAAAUAGCAGCUGCUGCACCCAGGCUCGCACCACCUCCAACAACUGCUGUUGGUAGGCCGGCUAGGGGGCGGGGGAGGGGGGGUAGUGCUGGCAGUCAAGGGGAGCUGCACUCCAAAAACAUGAAACCCCAAAGAGAGCGAGAGCAGCCUUCCUCUCUACUGCCUGAUUUGCUGUAGAGUGACAGUUUGGCUGUGCGCGUGCGUGCAGUGCAGAAUGUGUUGUUGUUGGCCGUAUGUAAGUUCAUUUCUAUUGGUUGCUGUUAGUUUUGUUUGUUAAUAUAUUAUAUUAUGGAGUACAUAAUACGCUGGUGACAGCAAAUUUUGUGUUGUGGAAUGAGUUAUAAUUUGAGUUGAGCUGCGAGGGAGGGAAAGGGAAAGGGAAAGAGAGAGAGAAAGAGAAAGGGGUUGCUGGUGGUGGUCGCGGGGCCAUGUUGGGUUGAUUGUCUGUCCGUCUUGCGGGUACGCUUCUGAUGCUUAUCGGAUGCUAUGACGAUGCUUUUGCUUUGGUUAAAACUUAAGUUGCUUCUGGAUGAAUGAAUUGCUGCUGCUGCUGUUAUCUUA